AUGGCCAAAGGAACCUGGGAGAAGCUGUCCCAGGUCACUGUCCUGGGUGCUGAAUAUGACUCCCCUGAAUGCCAGCCCCAUCCAAAAUGUUUGAAAGAGACCCGAGUGAACCUUCUCGAAUUGAUCUACGGAUUGUUGGACAAGCGAGAGACGAGCCAGAUCAUUUGGCUGCAUGGCACGGCAGGCGUCGGGAAGUCUGCCAUGGCUUUCACUGUGGCCGAGAAGAUGAAAGGUCUGAUGAUGACAGAGAUGACGAAAAUCGAAACAAGGCUCGCGGGAACAUUCUUUUUCGAGCGCAAGCACACGAAACGCAGCACAACCGGUCAUUUCUUUGCCACACUUGCUUACCAGCUUGCGAGCAAUUUUCCUAGCGUCAAGAACGACGUGAACAAAGCUAUCUGCGAGAAUCCUGUGGUUCUAGACUCCAGCAAGUCUCUUUGCGACCAGAUGAUGGCGUUAUUUCGCCGACCUCUCUGGCACCUGCAAUCCAGUCUGUGCGAGUGUCCGCCUCUGGUGUUUGUUGUCGAUGCGCUUGAUGAAUGCCAACCUGAAAUGGUCGCCGAUCUGAUCUCCCUCCUCCGGGAAGCUCUUCGUGAUCCUGAACUUCCCGUGUUCCACAUUCUGCUCACCAGUCGCUUUGAAGAACGCAUCCUGAACACUUCUGGGGAGGGCGUUGCUGGCACCAUUUCAUUAGACGGCGAAGAUGUGGACAAUGACAUCUGUACAUUCUUCCAGCAUUCCUUCACGGAGUUGCAAAAUUGCCAUCCUGAUUUCCCUCAGCCCACUGCGGAUAAUCUUAUGCAGCUGGUGAACCGAGCUGGCAGACGUUUCAUCGUGGCAUCUACAAUGAUGAAGUUUCUUAUGCUCGAUCUAACCACCAAAUUGCUACCUGGGACAGAAGUGUACAACCUGUACAACCUCAUCCUCUCCACCUGUUCAAACCCCAAUCGGGCAUACCAACACUUGUCUAUUGUUGCUGCCCUCGCAGACCCUCUGCCAAUCUCACAGAUUUCGAAGCUCCUUGGUCCUGGUCAAGGCAACGAUGUUGCGACCACACUGAAACAGUUACGUUCUUUCAUGAAUAUUCCCGCUGACAGCGGCCAAUCUGUGAAUAUCUACCACUCGUCCAUUCGGGACUAUGCUUCAAACUUCUCAAACUGCAAUCUCCUUGGAUCGCAACCCAUCCUACCACAUUCCCUGCUUGCUGAUUCCUCUUUCCGUUUGAUGGUUUGA